AUGAUGCUGCCCGUGGUUGCUCUCCCAGCAGAGUUCCCUGGACUUCGCCCAGGUGGCUCUUCCGAAAGCAGCGUUCUCCUGGAUGCGGCAACAAGACAACAACAACAACAACAACAACAACAACAACAACAACAACAACAACAACAACAACAACAACAACAACAACAACAACAACAACGACAACAAGCCUUGAUAUCAACAAGAGCAAGCUGGUCUCAGAUAGUCCCUUGCUUCAGAAGAAGAAGAAGAAGACGGCGACGGCAUAAUCGACCCCGGAAACGAGACGUCCUCAUGAACCAAGAGUACCAAACAACGACAUCGACCCUCGCAAUGGAUAGGCGCACACCACCUUCCCCUGCCCCUUCGGGGAUAAGUCUUCAUCAUGACUAUGUUCAACAACAUCACCCAAUGACCUUUCCCUCACAAUUGUUGGACAACAUGGCGCCAACAGUGCCCUUCCAGACACACUCGCAACCAGGGACGAGAUACGGAACACCAGUUCCCCAUCCUUUAUCACACUCUCAAAGCUUCGACACCGGGCUUCAACAACAGUACCAGCGUGCCAUCAGUGUCCAGCCUCAAUAUCACAACCAGUUGUACGGGCAGGGCAACAGCCCAUAUGGCCCCAUCCCCGAGCCCUACAGCACUCCGGCGACGUCCCCACCAACACCGGCACGACAUGCCGAGCUUAUGAACAGCAAAAUCAGGAAUUCCCCCCUCAGGAAUCUGACCCGCAGCUCCAAGAUCGAGAAGAAGGCGCCAAGGAAAAAGAAGUCGACAGCGGAAUCGAAGAAGCUCGAAGGUAAAGUGGCAGCCCUGUUGCUCGACAAGCCCCUAAGCCAGCAAAAGGUUCCCGAAGACCUGGUGAUCACCAAUAUGGAGGAAUACGUGAACCGAGCGAAGGAGGCGCGACAACGGGAGGUGGAAAGCGGCAAGAACCCGGGCAAAGUCAAGCGGCCGAUGAACGCAUUCAUGCUGUACCGCAAGACGUACCAGGGCGUGGCCAAGGGCUGGGCGGACGAGCACAAUCACCAGGUGGUGUCUCGGGUGUGCGGCAUGAGCUGGCCGAUGGAGCCGGAGCAGGUGCGGGAGCAGUUCAAGGCGUGGGCGGAGAAGGAACGCGAGAACCACCAACUGGCCUUUCCCGACUACAAGUUCACGCCCACCAAGCCGUCCAAGGCGCCCAAGUACAAGGACGGCAACGAGAGCGAGUGUUCGGACCCCGAAUGGGACCCAACAGGCAACAUGCGGUCGCGAGCGCUCACGCGCGCUCGCUCGAUGACCAGGGCGUCCAGCGAUGACUUUGACGAUCAUCCGCAGUAUGUCAUGGGCCGCUUGACCUAUCCGCCUUAUGGGUACCCGGCGAGCAACUAUAACACCAUGGCCGCUUUCGCCGGGCACCGGUCCGCCUUUGAGUAUUCCAACCCGGGCAAGGCCAUGCCGGCGCCGUAUGAGCCGCACACCGGGGCGCUGCGGGACGGGUCGUACUAUGAGGCGCAGGUGCACACGCCGCCGAGACAUCUCCAUCAUGGCAUGUCGGUUGAGGAUAUUGUAAUGCGCCUGAGCCAGUACAGCUACCAGCCCAUGUUUACCGAUCACUUCACGGCCAGUCCGCCGCAGUACGACCUCCCAGCGCAGCAAUCACAGCUGUUGAAGCAGGAGCACUACGACCACCAGCAUGAGCAGAAGUAUGAUGCGCAUCUGGAGCAAAAGUACCACCAUCAUAGUCAAGACUCGCAACACGAGCAGAAGUACGAUCCCUACCACCACGAGCACAAGUACCAUAUGCUCGACGAGCCGCGCAUCGACCCAUCGCUAGAGAAUGUGUACACGACCUCGGCCGGAGCGGGCAUUCACAGCAUGAUUGGCAAUGACGGCGGCGGCGGCGAGCGCAUGGCAACCCAACGCAUCGGGAUCAUCCGGGGGAGCCGGGCCCAUGGCUUCGGGGGCUAUAGCGACAAUGGCAGCAGUAGCCAGUUUGUUGACAGCUUCAACAUGUACGAGGACGACCCAAACCCAUUGGAUGGACUGAGCAAGGGCGACUGGCAUGUGACAAGCGUAGACCCUCCGCUUCCGGACAGCAGCCACUUUGACAUGAGCUGGAUGACGGACCAGCCUGCUGUAGCUGACGCAAUCACGGUGAAGACGGAGCUGGUCAGCCAUACGCCGUGA